AUGGAUAUGAAUCAAAUUGUAUAUGAAACACUCACGCAUGCUCUUUCAUCAGAUCCUAAUGCGCGAAUAUCAGCUGAACUAAGGCUGAAAGAACUUGAAAAUAUGCCCGAAUAUCCUAUUAGUCUUGCCAAAAUGUUUAACUCACCAGAAGUAGAAAUUUCUCUUCUAUCUCAUUGGUCUUCUACGAGUGAAAAGUUUUCAGGGCAUGAAUUGAAUGAAGAGGCAAAAGUCACUAUACGCAAGAUGGCAUUCAACGGAUUAUCAGAUCCUUUAAGCAAAAUUCGUGCUUCUGUUAUUUCGAAGAUUGCACACAAUGAUUGGCCUGAAUAUUGGCCUAAUCUUUUGGACUUGUUAUUGUCACUUUCGAAAUCGGGUUCGCCAGAUCAAGUUCAUGGUACAAUGCGAGUCCUGUCAGAAUUUUUUAAAUCUGAUAUCACAGAACAACAAUUUGCCCAAAUUGCACCAUUAUUAUUGCCAGAACUUUUGAGAAUUUUGCAGUGUGAGGAAACUUAUUCUUAUAGAACUCGUGGACGUACUGUUUCAAUAUUUCGACAAUGUAUCGAAAUAUUGUAUAUGGUUAAAGAAGAGCAUUCCGAAGCUACCGAAUCAUUUCUAAUGACACCAGUUAUAUCGAAAUGGUUACAAAUGUUUGCAACUAUUUUGAAACAACGAACGAUUGACAAUGAAGAACGCGCAUACGAAGAAUGUGCCUUAAAAUUAGAAGUUGUUAAGUGUCUAAACAAUAUCAUUAAAUGGUUUCCAAAAAUACUUUCAUCAUCAUUGAUUGUACUAUUAGAACCCAUUUGUACCUAUCAAGAUUCAGAAGGAGAAGUAUUUGGUUUUGAAAAUUUGCUUUUUGCCCAAUUUGAAUUUGUAGGUCUUUCAGUUCGAAAGAAAUCAGCAAAAUCACUUUUUAUUCAAAAUAAUGGAGAAGGUUUAUUCCUAAAACAAGUAAUUUGGAUUAUCCUUUCAUAUAUGCAAAUGACUGAAGAACAGGUUGAAUUAUGGUUGUCUGAUGCUAAUCAAUUCGUCUCUGAUGACGAUGAUGAAACUUUCAACUUUAACGUCAGAGUUGCUUCAGCAGAUCUUUUAAUUAUUUUACUUGACCAAUUUCCCGAACAAACAUUACAAGUUCUCGCAGAUACAACAUUACAUUUAAUAGAUGAAUCUAAUAAAGCUCGAGCUGCAGGAGAUCCAAUUUGGGUUAUUCGAGCACAUAUUCCUUUUCUUAAAGGUCGUGCUUUAGUAGCUGCCAGUCAAUUUGUAACUCAAUUACCCCAAGAACUAGCAUCACGUUAUGUCAUCGCAACAGUUGAUGCUAUUCAACAAAACGGGGCCAUACCCGUUAAAGUAUCCGCUUUACGUGCUUUACAAAAUAUCUAUAAAUAUCUAGAUAAUCAAUACGUGACGCCAUUUCAGUCCAACGUUAUUGAAGGCAUAGCGAAUCUUAUAAGUGUUGCAACUGAGGAUACUCUAAUACUUGUAUUAGAAACGCUUCACGAAGUUAUUAAAAUAAACAGAGAAGGAACUGCACGUUAUGAAAGUUUGAUUGGCCCGUUAAUUAUUGAUGUCUGGAUCAAAUAUCCUACUGAUCCCACAAUUGCGCCAAUAGUUACAGAUCUUUUUGAAACACUAGCAAGCAAUCCUGAAGCUCAUGGUGCCUUUCAAGCCAGAACUUUACCCCCGUUGGCCAAUAUUUUAAUAGUUAAUUCUGAUUCUGCUGUGACAGCUGGAGGGCCCUCUCCUCUACCGAAAGAAUACGUCGAACAUGUUUUCCCUUCACUAAUGCAUUUAAUGUUAACAACGGAAGAUAGGGAGAUUUUACAGAAUGGAGAUAUUUGUUUGAAAUACUUUGUUCAAAAAGAUUGUGAGCGAAUUGCACAAUGGAUAAAUAAUGAAACGGGCAGAACGGGUUUAGAUUAUGUUAUUCAGUAUAUCGCGAAAGCUCUUCAAAGUGAGAGUGAAUCUGCAACUUUUCUUGGAGAUUUAGUCGUUAAACUUAUUAAAAAAGCGGGAGAUAAGAUAGUUUCCGUAAUACCGGAAUUACUUAAAACAGUUGCUACUAAACUAGAAGGAGCUCGAACUGCUACAUAUAUACAGUCGUUAGUUUUAAUAUUCGCGCAUUUAAUUCUUAAUCAACAAUCAACGGUUAUUGAUUUCUUGGCUAACUUGGAUAUUAAUGGUCGAAAUGGACUUGAAGUUUUGCUUAGUACGUGGUUUGAAAAUCACGAGAGCUUUCAUGGAUAUUAUAGUAUAAGAGUAAGCGCUAUAGCAUUGUCUAAGCUUUUCCUUGCAUGUGAUUCACGAAUACAAAAUAUUCAAGUCAAGGGAGACUUAAUUGUACCGAAAUCUUCAAAUCCUGAUCAAUACACACAUGUUUCUGCAAAUGGAAAGAUCAUCAGAUUACUUUUAUCGGAUCUUCAGAAUUCAUCAGAUGGUGAAAAUUUUAAACGUUCAGAAUUUGAUGAAUUUUUUGAAGAGGAAGAAGCUAUCGAAACAGAUGAUGAAGAUGAUGAAUGGGAAGAUGUUGAAGAGCCAUCACCUUUCGGACCUUCAGAAGAUUAUAUUGUUCUUUCCGAAUAUGCCAAAAAUCAUGAUCUAGAAACCCUAGAAGAUGAUCCCGAUUUAAAGGAUGAUUCAGUUUAUAAUACUAAUUUCAAAGAAUAUCUUAUAGAAUUUUUCCGACAUUGUGCUUCCCAGAAUAUUAAUAAUUUUAUUGAAAUUUGUUCGACCCUUAAAAAUAAAUAA